UUUGUAGCAGAUGGAACUAUAUUAAGGCGUAGUUUAGUUAGCGAUUCAGAAAUUAUAGUUCAAGAAGAUUUGGAAUCAACGAAUAAAAGAAAAAACAUAAGAAAAAAGUUAAAUAUCGCAGAAAAGGAGAAUUUGCUGCAAAUCGAGGAACAAUUAAUUUUAGAAGUUCAUGCACGCAAAGCUUUGUGGAAUUCACAAAUUGAUUUAUCUUGUCGCAGCAGAAAAGCGGUUGCACAAUUAUGGAAAGAAGUUUCCGAAGCCUUAAAUGGCAAACUGUCAGAUAUUGAGGCUAAAACCAAGUUCAAAUCACUGCAUGAUACAUACAGAAGAAUUAUUAGUAGUGAAUCAUUAGCGAGUGGAUCCGAAAGACCCGCUAAGAAAAGCAAGUGGCAACAUUACGAUAAUUUAUCAUUUUUGCGUGAUUCUUGUUUGCAAAAAACAACCAAAUCAAAUGUGUCAAUAAACACGGAAGAUUCAACAGAUACUAAUUUUGAAGAUGCAGAAGAAUCAAUUGACAUUACUAUUGAAGAUUGGGAACAAAAUAGAUAGCAAUAACGCAAUAGGAAAGGCAAGAACAAAAAGGGAGACAAUUCUACAGCAAUUAAUAGAAUUGCUGAUGCUUUUUGCCAAAGAAAUAUGCAGCCACCGAUUACUUUGCCUGCUCCUCCACAAGACGAUGAUGUUCAAUACUAUAAUUUUUACUGCAUACAGUAAUCACUUGAAACUCGCGCUAGGGCUUCGCCAUCUUAUCCCCAAAGAGAAAGGUAACUAGCGCAUCUGCGGCGCUCGACAGGGCGCGCUCGCCGUGGCAUUACGCCUUCUACUGGUAUACUCAUUACCCAUCUUUCUGAUCUCGAUCGACUCUCGUGUAAGAAGGUCCGCGUUACGCACGCCCUCUUGUAACCUGUAAAAGUUGUAACCGGUGACUGCCAAAUAAAAUAAGAUAAAAGGAAAUUCAGAGAAGUCCAGUGAUUCUCGACCACGUAUUCCUCAACGCAUUCUUUCCGCGGAAAACACGUGGAGUUACGACGUGCGUUUCUCUCAAGCACACGGCAACGUACA